AUGACAAUUCGACGGCGUCUCAAACAAUGGGGCAUUUCACGUACGGAUCUUGGAUCUGCGGAGUUAGAGGAUAAGAUCAAGGAAUUAUAUUUUAAACGUGAUUUACGUGACAGUAAAAUCAUACGUGCACUAGAAAAAGACGGCAUAAAAAUAUCUAAAUCCACCCUUGCAGCACUUCGGCGCUGGAUUGGGCUUCAGCGUCGGGUUGUCAAUCCAGAAGAUAUUCAACACACAGAUAAUAUUGUCAGGGACGCAGUUCGAAAACAGCUUGCCAGUGGGCGUAUUGAAGGUUAUAGGGAGGCUAUCUCUACCGAUUUUUUCGAGCUCAGGGUUAUAAUAUUCCACGCCACCGGCUAUUCAAUAUUGUUCGGGAACUUGAUCCGGAUGUAUCCAGCGUCGAAAAAAUGA